GGGCGCGCUGGCUGGCAAGCUGGGCGACGAUGCCCCAGCUCACCGAGCCGGCGAAUUUGCCGCCCGCGCCCUACAACAACUCCGACGUGAAGUUCCUCAACGCCACGCUGCGGCAGACAUUCAAAGUCAGCCGAGGCGCCCGGCGUGUCCGUAUGCGCUUCACAAACGUCUUUGGGGGCUCCAACCUCGACAUCACCUCGGCCUGGCUCGCGCGGCCGCUCAACGGCUCCGUCGGCACCUCGUCGAUUGUGGCGCGGUCGCAGCACCAGCUCACCUUUUCCAACCUGACGUCCUUCUCCGUGCCCAACGGUGCCCUCGUCGUCAGCGACCCGGUGCACAUGGAUGUGGCCAACAAUGAGAAUCUGACGGUGAGCAUGUACCUCGGCGGCGGCCAGGCGGGCGCCGACAUCACCUCGCACCCUGGCUCGCGCACGACGACCUACAUUGCCGCGGGCGACCAGACUCGGAGCAGCAACGUGACCGACGCCGUGACGACCGAGCAUUGGUACUUUAUCGAUGCCCUCGAGGUGGAGCAGCAGCAGGGCCGUGCGAUCGUCAUCGUCGGCGACUCGCUCACCGACGGCCGCGCGAGCACUGAGAAUGGCAACGACCGGUGGCCCGACCAGUUCUACGCCCGCUUCCCGCACGACACGGCCGUGACGUACCUCAACCAGGCGGCCGGCGGCAACCGCGUGCUCGCAGACGGCCUGGGACCCAAUGCUCUCGGCCGAAUCGACCGCGACGUGCUCGCCCAGACGGGCGCCCACUGGGUCAUUCUCUUUGAGGGCGUCAACGACAUUGGCACGGCCGACGCCACGCCGGCGGCGCAGGACGCCGUGGUCAAGCAGCUCCUGGCCGCGUACGACCAGAUCAUCACACGUGUUCAUGCGCAGGGCAAGACCAUCUACGGCGCGACAAUUACGCCCUUUGGCCUCAACACCUACGGCAGCGCGCUCCGCGAAGCCAGCCGGCAGACGGUCAACGACUGGAUCCGCUCCUCGCAGCACUUUGACGCCGUGCUCGACUUUGAUGCCGUCGUGCGCGACCCGGCAAACCACAGCGUGAUUGCGAGCAAGUAUGACUCGGGCGACGGGCUCCACAUGAACCCAGCCGGCUACGGCGCCCUGGCAGCCAGCAUCCCCCUGUCGCUGUUUGAGUAGCCGCGGAGUACGUACACCCAGCUUGCCGACUAGGGCCUUUGCGACAAAUUGAAAUUGUGGAAGCGCAUCUUCGGAAGCGCAUCUCUGUCUACAAACAAUACGAUCCUGUGUACUGUACAACUAAAUAUAUGUCGCCUCCUUUAGUCUAAUUUACUGGU